UAGGUAUGCGAUCUCGUGUUAAUAUAAGUGAAAUAUAGAAAGAAAUAUUUGCGUAAAGGAAAGAAGGAAAAAGAGGACAACGAGAAGAAGAGCAGAAGAGAAGUUUACAUAUAAGAAAACUAAGAAAUGUUCAAUAAACUUCAUUCAUUAAACAAUUUUGCGAACUGAGAAAAGUGCUAACGCAUUACCGCCUAGAUCAAUACUAAAUAUUUCGCGCGAAAUAAACCGCAAAAUUACAUGAAACUCUUAAAGCCAAAUUGGGUAAAUCACGAUGAAAAACCAAUAUUUUCGGUGGAUGUGCAUCAAGAGUGCCUUAAAUUUGCUACGGGUGGUCAAGGCAAUGAUUCCGGGCGAGUAGUUAUUUGGAAUUUGUUGCCGGUGUUAUCUGAAAAAGCCGAAUUGGAUGAGAGUGUACCAAAAAUGUUAUGCCAAAUGGAUAAUCAUUUGGCGUGCGUUAAUUGUGUGCGAUGGUCUCAAAGUGGUUUCAUGUUAGCUUCCGGUUCCGAUGAUAAACUGUUAAUGAUUUGGAAGCAAUCGAAAGGUCCAAGUGGUGUGUUCGCUACGGGUGGCAUUCAGAAGAAUUACGAAUCGUGGAAAUGUGUGUACACAUUACGCGGCCAUUCAGGUGAUGUUUUAGAUUUGGCUUGGUCACCUCAGGAUCGUUGGUUGGCCAGUUGUAGUAUUGAUAACACCAUAAUUAUAUGGGAUGUGCAAAACUUUCCGGCCAUGUUGGCGAUGCUGAAAGGUCACACUGGUCUAGUCAAAGGCAUUGCUUGGGAUCCAGUUGGUAAAUAUUUGGCGUCUCAAAGCGAUGAUCGCAGUGUUAAAAUAUGGAAAACAAGCGAUUGGACUUGCAGUAACACGAUUACUGAACCUUUUGAGGAAUGUGGCGGCACAACACAUAUAUUACGUUUGUCUUGGUCGCCAGAUGGCCAGUAUUUGGUUUCAGCUCAUGCAAUGAACGGCGGAGGACCAACCGCUCAAAUUAUCGAACGCGAGGGCUGGAAGUGUGAUAAAGAUUUUGUUGGUCAUCGUAAGGCAGUCACAUGUGUGCGUUUUCAUACAGCUAUACUUAAACGGCAAGCGCCGAAAAGUCAAAAACCUCAACAGUAUUGCUGUUUAGCGGUCGGUUCACGCGAUCGUAGCCUCUCUGUAUGGAUGACGGCACUGCAGAGACCGUUAGUGGUAAUACACGAACUCUUUAACGACAGUAUUCUCGAUUUGUCAUGGGGACCAGACAAAUGCAUAUUAUUGGCUUGUAGUGGUGAUGGUACUGUGGCGUGUUUACAAUUUUCAGAAAAUGAAUUGGGUACACCGCUCUCGGAGGAGGAUAAAAACGCUUUGUAUCAAAGAAUUUACGGUAAAAGUGCAACAAAUAUGGAAAAUGGUUCUUCCUCAGUAGCCGAUAUGGUUAUAGAAAAUUCCGAAUUAUUGCAAUGCAUUCAAGAGAAAGUCAAGCCACCCACUUUGCCUAACAUAUCGUCAUCUAAUCACAAUAAUAAUUGUGUAGGUCCAGUCAUACAAAAUACAACACUGCCCUCCUCAAAUGGACUAAUCUGCGAUAUUUCAAAUAAUAACCCCACCACAAUGAUAAAAUCCGGGAAUCUCGCGCAGAAUCCCGCAUUCGGUUCCAAUAUUUCGCCCGUGAAAGCUAUUGGUCAACAAUUAGAAACGCGAACAGCUGACGGGAAAAGACGUAUAACACCGGUGUUUAUACCUCUAAAUCAAAAUGUCCCGGAGAGUGGAAAUGCGAAUAACUUAAUUAGUUGCUCAAGAGCAACGUCCACAAUGAACCAAAGUUUGGAUAAUAGGACAAUUGCUGCAAUUGGCGCUGAAACGGGAAUCAGUAAUAACAAGGGUAUAGAAAGUACAGUUCUGCCAAAAGCCGCUAUUACCGAACAGGAAGAAGGCCGCCUGGAUUCGCGUUUAGUCAAAAGUACUAAACCUUUAAUGCAGCCGCUUAAAGUUACUCAAGACGUUUUUCAAUCAUUUCCCUAUUUCAAGCGUACGCCGACUCCUGUAACGGAUAUAAAUCCCGCCAGCUUUAUUUCACCAUCGAAAGUUUUUCAAGCUUCUACCUCAGGACCGAAAAUACCGAUAACCGUCAACACAAAAUGUGAAUAUCAAAAGACUGCUUUAGAUUACCGUGUUCACGUACACAACGGUUGUGUUCAUACCGCCACAGGUUUAUUAGCCAAAGUAACCGCCUAUAGAUUAAAUGUUGGUAAACUAUGGGAGACAUAUGUAGGUUCGCCUAUUGUCAAUUUUAAUUUUUGCUCUAAAUGCGUGAUGUUGUGCAGUUUAGAUGGCUCGAUGCGUUUACUUGACUUGCAUACCGGUAGCAUUAUAAUGCCCGCCAUUUCAUUAACAACUGCGGUUAUCCAGUGCGCUUUUUGUCCCAAAGGUCGUUUAGUGGGUGUUAUCACCGAAUGCGGUAUCUUGCGUAUUUGGAAUAUAGAGACCUGUAGUGCGGUAUUAGCUACCACCUGUUCAGAGGUUUUCGGUAAACAUGGCGCUGUUAUGCAGUUUCAUAUAACCGAGCAUGCCGUACCAUUAAUUAUGUUCGCCAAUGGCCACGCUUACUCAUAUUCACCGCAAUUAAUGUCGUGGCUAGUUUUGAAUACGAAAGAUCCAAUUAUGCGCCAUGGUCUGCAGACGUCUAUGCCCAAAGAAUUCAACAAAAAUUAUUUAUCCUAUCCUUUGACGUCUGUGCAGGCUUCCACUAAUGCGUUUGCCCAACAAACGGCGGCCAUUGAUUUAAAUGCGAAUGACUGGCAGACACAAGCGAAAAUUAUUUUCAUUGAGAAUCAAAUUAAGUUAUGUGAAGCUAUUAAUUCACCCGAAGAACUUAAGCAUUGGUACAGCAUGUUAGCUUUCCAAUUGGCAAUGAGCGGCAAUGAAAAAAAAUUAAGAUUAUUACUUAAUGACUUAUUAGGCUCACCUUCAAUAGCCGGGCUCAAGGAACGAACGCAUAUAUUGGAUAUAUCCAAACAUGAUUUAUUAGAAAACAUUUUGAAACAGUUAAAGGCACAUAUAAAAUGGCAACGUCUUUACAUGGAGUACAAUGAGUUGUAUGAAAAGUAUAAAAUUUUACGGAAAAAAGAAAUGGAAAUCGCGCCUGUAUCGUUAAAAUCUUCACAAUGUACAAUAACCUCUCAGUUUAGAUCAGUGGCAGCUACACCUGCGAUUACAAAAACCGAAACUGAAUCUUGUGCCAAAUUGGAUGAACGUAUGGAUAUGACCUAAAUACAAAGCCUCGUUGAAAAGCAGAUUUUUUUGAUAAAAAAAUCACUGCCCAGCAGUUCAUUACAGUACUCUAUACCAUAAAUAAAUUAUAAGAGAAAAACAUGAAAAGUCGAUUUUACUAGAUUAGAAGGUAAUAUCAUCUUGUGUCCAUUAAUC